UGACUUAUCAGCUGUGUGUCAUCUACCCAUAGAUAUAUCCCAACCUAAAAUUUGAUUACAGCUUACAGGUAUUUCAGCACUGAACCUAGACUUUAGCUGUUGUGGAUUUGUGUUUCUAUUUUUAUAAAUAAAACUAAACAUGCCAAAGAGAGCAAAAACUUUGUACAAAUUUAAAUGCCUGGAAGUGAUGUGCAACACAAUCCAUCGCAAAGACAAAUGGUUGGAUCACUGUAAUAAAAAGCAUAGUUACAAGUUGAAGAACAAUUUGAAAAUUAAUUAUAAAGUAGUUGAAAUGAAAGUCAACAAUGGCCCAUGGCAAAAAUACAUUCCAGGCCCAAGCUCAAGCCAAUCUACUUCCCUGGAUGACAUCCCUCAUACUUCAAUGAGUAGACCUACCCAAGACCAAGAUGAAGAUGUUUUUGAGUCAACAUCAGGAAGUUUCCAAGAUAGAUCUACCAGCGAGAUCGAGACUGAUGCUAUUACUUUACCACUACUAGAAGUCACAGACUCUGGACUAGAAACACAAAGGUCAGACCAAGAACUGGAAGAACAGGAGGAACCUGUCAAUUUUGGAACAAGUGAUGUAGAUGAACCAGACUUGGAUAUUUUACCUAAUGAAGAUCACAGUGAUCCAGCUUCAUAUGCCAACCUCAAGCUCUCUCCUGAAGACAUAAACGUGGCUCUAAAUUUGGAAAAUCAAGACUUAUCAUCAAUAGAAUUUCCUUCAACAAGUGGAAGAAAAUUUAAUCCUCUGUGGAAAAAUUGUAUAUUACCCAAUAACAGUGUGAAACCUAGGAAGUGGCUAGUGUACAGUAAAAAAAAAGACGCUGUAUUUUGUUUGCCUUGCACACUAUUUGCACUUCCAACGGAACGGUCUGUAUGGGGAACAGCAGGCUACAGAGGAUGGACAGAGCAUAGAGGAGAAAGAGAUUUUGUACUCCACGAGACUUCCAAAAAUCAUAUAUCUGCAGAGGUUGCCAGAAUCCAAUGGAUCUCGAAAAAGAGAGGGCAGUUCAAAGGUCUCAAAUCACUAGUCACAGAGGAAAACCCUAAAGCUUUUUAUUCACCUACCAUUGACUACAGUACAGUCCCAAAAGUUAUUAAAGAAACACAGGAAAAACUGGCAUCCAUGCGCCAAGAUUCGGCAUGGGAAAAGAUUGAAAGUGGCAUUACUUCCUUUGCUGAAGAACACAACAUUCCUUUACCCACCAGACAAAGAAUCAGAAAAAGGAAAAGAUUCAUGGACGAGUUGGCAAUUGAUGGAUGCAUAGAAGACCCUAUAAAGAAAGUAAAGGUUGAUAUUUAUUUCCACGUUCUAGACUCUCUCUACACCCAGCUAACUGACAGAUUUCCAGAAAGUUCUCUGGCUAUGGUGACGCAGAUGGGAUAUUUUUCUCAUGAUGGAAUUUUGAAGAUGGUAGAUGAUAAGAAGAAAGGCCUUAAAUUCAAUCCAUCUUCAAUCGAGAAUCUUAGUGAAUACUACAAUCUAGAUAAGGAGUUAAUUGUAGACGAACUGGACAUCUUCAUUGAUGUUUACAAAGCUACUUACUUGGACAUAGAUAUUUCUGAUGUAAUGUCUGAGAAGAAGAACUCAGAGAGAACCAGUACUGCUAAUCCCGAGGAUAGUUUAAGCUCUGACCAUGAUGGAGAUGAAGAACAGGAGAACGUUACAGUGACUGACAAGUUCAAGAAAAAGAAAAAUGUUGAUGACUGGAUGAAAAGAGGAUUUAUUAGACCAUACAGGUCUUCGUAG